CUCAAAAAGUUCUCACAAUGUCGACGAUGGAGAUGAGUGGUGGUAAUAGCAGUGCUGGGGUUGCGGAGAUGAGUGGUGGUAGUAGCAGUGUUGGGGUUGCGGAGAAGAAGCUGGCGAAGCGGCCAGCGCAGGGAAGCUCGAGGAAGGGUUGCAUGAGGGGGAAAGGAGGGCCGGAGAACGCUAUGUGCACUUACAAGGGCGUCAGGCAAAGGACGUGGGGGAAAUGGGUGGCUGAAAUCCGCGAGCCCAACCGCGGGGCCCGGCUCUGGCUCGGAACUUUCGACACCUCCUAUGAGGCUGCUCUGGCUUAUGAUGCCGCCGCCAGGAAGCUCUACGGUUCCGAAGCGAAGCUCAAUUUGCCAGAUCAGCAAGCCCCUAACUAUCACCAUUAUCAACUGAAUCAGCACCUGCAGCAUCAAGUAUUUCCCUCGUCGGCCAAUGCCGGCGUGCCACCUCAAAUUCCUAACCAAACCCUUGUGCAGAACAAUCCAUCAGGUACUGGGACUAAUCCUGCAUGUUAUGCUCCUCCUGUGAAAGAUAUUGCAGUACCUGUUGUUCACAAUAAUUUUCCGAAUGUGAAAGUGGAUCAGCCCCUCGGAAAUUAUAAUUCUGGCGGGGCUGAGAUCCUGCCGGAGCAGGGCGGCAUGAAAGUGGAAAAUAAUAUGAGUAGUGGUGUGACCAAUGAAGGAAUGGAUGGGAUAUUUUGGGGGAACAUGAGCGAGAGCUUUCCGGUGUUUGAUGACUCAAUAUGGACGGAGGCAGCCAUGUCGCUUGAUCUUCCAGGGGUGGCUGAUCAAGGCAUUUUCGGCUGCGGCUUCAUGGAUGGAAAUUUCUGGGAACAUCGCAUUCGUCUCAAUGGUGCAUGAUGUCAAUCAAAUUGAAGGUAUAGAGAUCAAAGGUGGUGGCUUGGUAAAUAAAGUUGCAAAAGGUACUCUUCAAUGCUUCAUAUGUGCAAAUAUAUAUAGGAGGGGGUGUAUAUAUAUAGUACAAAUAUAUAGAGGUAUGUAUAAAUGUCCAUAAGGCUGCGGCGCCGCAUGAGUUUUUCUGCGCUUUGUCGUGGUCAUUCCAAUGUGCUUUAUAUAUCAUAAACCAAUAAGACCAAUAAGGCUUUCUUUUUUUCAUGUUUUUAGUUUUGAGUUUAGGAGUGUACUCUAAAGAAUAUAAUGUGCUGGGUAUUGUAAAAGAGUCGCAGCUUGCAGGGUUUGUUGCAAGUGCCAUUGUGUGUAUGUAUGAUAUGAAUA